AUGAAAUGGAGUAAUGUCAAUAGCAAUGAUUCAGAAGUCGUCAAGCAGUCAUUGGUUGUAUCGAAGUCUUGCGGGGCAUCCCAGCAAACUUCAGAUAUUACUGUUCAGGUGGGCCCUGCUGGUACUAUCAAGGCUACCAAGGAUUCCAGUACCGCAAUCCAGAAUCUAGCAUCCUACAUGACUAAUGCUGCCUCAUGUGGCACUACCAUACUUCUGUCAAAGGCUGGCGACUCUGUGGCUGCGCUUUAUGCCGGUGCAGAUGUCUAUCAAAGCGAUGUUGGACCAUACCUUCUCAACUUCAAGAAGCAAUUUAAAGCUGGAUCCCAGAUAAUCCAAUCCUGCGACUCAAGCUCGAAGCGAGAUAAUACCAUUGGUGUUUAUAUUGUGAACUCAUUGGAUGAUCUAGAAGGUAUCGAUCGCGCCUUGCAGACAUGGUCCAAGGGUAGCUGCCUUGACUCUGACGGUCAUGACUUGAUCCAAUCAAAGACCACCAUGCUUGGUGUCUCUGAAGUCAGCAAGCGAUCAGAUAUCUCCUCAUCGCUCGAAGGUUUCCUAGCCCCUCGUGCUGAAGACAAUUUCGACAAGUACAACACCGGUACUGAUCUUUGCAAGAAUUUGAAAGUUAAGCAGCGUGUCUGCUGCUCAGCGGGAUCUCUGCCAGAUAUCAUCCCUAAGAAGCAGUCAGAUGGCACUUGUGGCACUUAUACUAUCCAGACGAACGACAACUGUGCUGAAAUUGCGGCUCAUUUUGGUGUUACACAAGAUGAUAUCUAUGACCUCAACGAAGACACUUGGGGGUGGGCUGGCUGUGGCACGAACGAUCUCAAAGCAGAUCAAGUCAUCUGUUUGAGUGAAGGCAAUACUCCUAUGCCGUCUCCAUUGAGUAAUGCUGUUUGUGGUCCUCAAAUGCCUGAUGAAUUCUGUACCGAGUCACCCGCCAGGACAAAAGCCCCAGGGGCCUUUCAAAGUGGCAAAAAUGGAUGCAUCUCAAACUGUGGCACAUACAUCGUCAACAAUGAUGACGCUCCAGAAAAUUUCUACCAUGUUGCUUAUUUUGAAGUCUUCAACCUCAAGCGCGAAUGUCUGAACAUGGACGUCAAUGAAAUCAGCGAUACAUCCUUGACCCAUGUGCACUUCGCUUUUGCUGGAUUGACUGCUGAUUUUGAUGUUUCCUUUGACAACGAUGAGUACAAAGCGCAGUUUGAAAAAUUCGUCAAAAAUGAUGCAUCCUAUAAAAGGAUUCUUUCGUUUGGAGGUUGGGCUGAGUCAACAUCCGCCUCAACUUUUCAGCGUUACCGUGAUGCCGUCAAGUCUGGAAAUCGUGAGAAGUUCGCUAAGAACAUCAAGGCAUUCUUCGAGAAAUAUGAUGGACUAGACGGUAUCGACUUUGAUUGGGAGUAUCCUGGAGCCACUGAUAUCCCUGGCGUACCUGCAGGUUCUGACAGUGACGACGACAAUUACCUUGGUUUCUUGAAGUUGAUGAAGAGCACUAUUGGUGAUAAGUCCCUUUCAAUUGCUCUACCUGCUUCAUAUUGGUACUUGAAGACAUUCCCAAUCGCUAAAAUGUCUGACUAUGUUUCAUACUUCAUCUACAUGACUUAUGACCUUCAUGGCCAAUGGGAUUAUAAUAAUGCCUACGCAGAUGUGGGCUGCCCCAGCGGAGACUGUCUUCGAUCGCAUGUCAACAAGACCGAGACUAUAAACUCUCUUGCGAUGAUCACCAAGGCUGGUGUGCCUGCAAGCAAAAUCUUUGUUGGAGUUUCAAGCUACGGCCGUAGCUUUGGUAUGGUCGACCCAACCUGCACUGGUCCUAUGUGCAAAUACGGUGGCGCUUUUGAUGUUUCCACUGCCGAGGCUGGAAGUUGUACCAACACUUCUGGCUACAUCUCAAACGCCGAGCUUAAUCUCAUCAUGCAGGGUGUGGACUCGGGUGCUAGUAAUUACAAGGGCCGCACGUGGUAUGAUGAGGAUUCCGCUUCAGACGUAAUGAUUUACGGUACUAAAGGCGAAAUCACUACUUGGGUGGCAUAUAUGUCAGAUGACACCAAGGAGGCACGUAUUGAUUGGAUCAAAGGACUCAACUUUGGAGGCGUCACUGAUUGGGCUAUCGACCUUCAAGAAUUGAACUUGGGUGUUGACCCCGACUCCGAUGAAGCUCAGGACCUUGAUCUUCCCGCUCUACCUACGGGAUGUUCUUCUGCCAAUUGGCCGGACAAUCUGGAGGACUUGAGGAACAAAAUUGAUAAGAUUGAUUUAGGCUGUCGGGCCCAGGCUGUUGUUUGGGUUUUGAUCAAAAUUCUUCCUGACAUCCUGGACAACUAUCAAAGUGCAGCUGACAAUUAUGAUGAAUACUUCAAAUACUAUGCCGAAUGGGUCAGAAACGGCAUCGAUGAUUCAUUACCACUCUUUAUGUGGAGUGAUGGACAAAAUUACAUGGACUGCAAAUGGUCAUCUACAUCGGAUGGCAGUGGCGAUGCGGCCUGUACAGAAAUGCACGUCCCAGAAGGACAACCAGGACAAGGUGAAGUCAGUAUCACAUAUACAGUACGUGAUGAAGAUGGCUUUUAUAAAGCCCUUCAAGCCGACUAUGGAAUUGAGAAGGACUGGAUUGUGUGGAAAGACAUAUACGCAGACCCUGAGAAUUCUCUUACCUGUCCUCCUUGUCCUAACCUUACUAAAGACUGCAAACCUUGCACUGGCCAUGGUGUGACUUACCACAACUGGCCAGUAAAGGCUGCGGACGAUGACAUCGAUGUUCCUAAUCUCAAGGACAUCAUCGACACUGCAGUACCUAACAUCACGACACUUCAAGAUGUCAUUCUCGGGAGUUUCAUAGAGAUGCGUAUCGGGGCCAUGGAUGCCUCGGACGAAGACGUCGCUACCGCGCUCAGUAUGCCCGUUUUUAUGAUUGCAGACACAACUGAACAAAUGAAGAACAUCACGAAAAUCGGCAAAGAACAGGAAAAAGCUGAUGAUGAAGCUAAAGUCAGUUUCAUCUUAGACAUUGUCAGCAUUGUUCUUAUGAUCAUUCCGUUCGCUGGAGAGGCAGUCGAUGCGAUUGGUGGCGUGGCGAACGUUGCCCGUGCGGCUUAUGUUGUCGGCGAGGCUGGCAAUGCAGCUCUUUCUGUCUAUGAUAUUGUGAAGAAUCCAUCUUCAGCUCCCUUCGCCAUCCUUGGUCUAGUCAUGGGAGCUGAUGCCUCAGUUGUUGGCAAGGCUAGCAAGACGACUUUCACCAAAGCUGCCGCUUUCCGGAAUGCGCUGACCGAGGAUACUCUGAGCUCCUUCAGCAAAGAGUUCCGGGCGAACGAUGCGAUUGUACAGGAUAUUGUUAAAGCUUGUAAAAGGGCUUGA